GAAGGUGUGGUCUUGGUAGAAGAUGUUGCGCUCUUUUGGCAAAUUAAUUCAUUUGAGUAGCGAAAGCAAUUCCCACAUCGAAAAACACCAUUCCAUUCUUGGGGGUGGAAAACGUCCAAGUUUAUGAAAUUCGACCUGUGGAGGAAUCAACGACUUCUGCGAUGUGAACUUUCGGGAAUUAAAUCCAUGAGAAGCGUGGAAAGGAAAAAGCUACCGAACUUAACCAUUAAUAAGAAGCACUCCAGUUGAAGUUUACAUGAAAGUGAUGUUCUAGAAAAAAAACGGCAACGAUAGCCAUAUUCUGCCGCACCAAUUCGCCAUAUGGUUAGAGCGCGUGCCUCUAACUGUGUUUAUAGCCCGUUGUGGAUUAUUAUGAGGCGUCAUGGCGUGGUGUGACCGUGGGUGUCAGAUACUGCUGACCAUCGUGGGCGCUUUUGCAGCCUUCAGUCUGAUGACAAUAGCUAUUGGGACCGACUACUGGCUCUAUUCUCGGGCGUACAUAUGUAACGCCACCAAUGUCACCACGGACGACAUACAACCCAAGAAAACUAGAGGCGACCUGACGCACUCCGGACUGUGGCGGAUUUGUUGUAUAGAAGGGAUCAACAAAGGAAGCUGCCUUCGGAUCAAUCACUUCCCAGAAGAUAACAACUAUGACACAGACAGCUCGGAAUACAUCUUACGUAUAGUGCGGGCCUCCAGCCUCUUCCCCAUCCUGAGCAACAUCUUGUUGUUGCUGGGAGGACUGUGUGUCGGGGCUGGGAGGAUCUACAGCAGUAAGAACAACAUCCUGCUCAGUGCCGGCAUCCUGUUUGUGGCUGCAGGUCUAAGCAACAUCAUUGGCAUCAUCGUCUACAUCUCCAGUAAUGCCGGUGACCCCAGCGACAAGAAGGACGAGGACAAUAAGGGCAGCUAUGGAUACGGCUGGUCUUUCUACUUCGGGGCUCUGUCCUUCAUCGUGGCCGAGUCUGUUGGCGUUCUUGCUGUCACCAUCUACAUCGAGAAGAACAAGGAGACGCGGUGCCGGGCGAGGCGUGAGUUCAUCAAGACUACCUCGUCCACCUCACCCUACUCCCGUAUCCCUAGUUACCGUUACCGGCGGCGACGCUCCCGUUCCAGUUCCCGCUCCACCGACCCGUCCCGAGAGACCUCACCCGUCGGGGUUAAGAUGGGAGGAGGAGGGGGAGCAGGCAUAGGAAGUGGAGCAAGCUUUGGGAUGCCCAUGGGUGGGAUCUCCAUGUACGCCCUCAGUAGGGACACGAUGAAAAGUGGGAUAGCUGGGUACUGUAGUCCAGAGCGUGACUCAAGCUUCCUGCAGGUCCACAACUGCUUCCAGAAAGAUCUGAAGGAGGGUGUCAACAGGAGAACGACUCCCGUAUGAGAGUUGGAAUGCAUCUCUGAACUUGGUAGGAUACAGGAGACUUCACUAAACUGUACAAGGUAACACUUGGACAGCACAGGACCCAGGAUCAUUGUUGCAACUACAUUACACAGACUAUCUUCCAUGUUGAAAGGUCAUAGUUCAUAUGAUGGAGUGUGCUGUUUUUUUGGUAUAACAAAUUGUCGUCUGUCUUUGUUUGAAUGUGGAGGAGAAAUGGACGCUGAAGGAUUAUUUCGAAAACCUUUGGUAGAGCUACUAUAAGUCCAUUUACAAAGACUACAGAAACCCAGACCUUUAGUAGCAAUGCUUCUGUGAUACAUGAUAAAAAAAGUAUGUGUUUUGCAUAUCCCUCAACAAAUGGUAGUCAUAUCUUGUUGUUUUGAUGUUGUCAAGUGAUAAAACUCACUGGAGGGGGUUGAUUUUGCCAUUGUAACUGGUGCUAUACACUUUCAACACACUUUGAAUAUUCUGAUUACACUCUUAGAAGAAAGGGUUCCAAAAUAGUUUUGGGCUGUAGAACCCUUUUUGCUUUUGGGUUCCAUGUAGAACCCCAUGUAGAAGGGGUUCUAUACUGAACAAAAAUAUAAACUCAUGUUUCAUGAGCUGAAAUAAAAGAUCCCAGAAAUGUUACAUAUGCACAAAAACCGUAUUUCUCUAAAAUGUUGUGCAGAAAUAUGUUCACAUCCCUGUUAGUGAGCAUUUCUCCUCUGCCAAGAUAAUCCAUCCACCUUACAGGUGUGGCAUAUGAAGAAGCUGAUUAAACAGCAUGAUCAUUACACAGGCACACCUUGUGCUGGGGGCAAGAAAAGGCCACUCUAAAAUGUGCAGUUUUGUCAAACAACACAAAUUAUAAUUGGCUAGGCCUGGCUCCCCAGUGGUUGGUCCUAUACCCUCCCCUGCCAACCCAUGCCUGUGCCACAGUCAUGUGAAAUCCAUAGAUUAGGGCGUAAUGAAUUAAUUUAAAAUCACUGAUUUCCGUAUAUGAACUGUAACUCAGUAAAAUCAGUCAAAUCGUUGCAUGUUGCAUUUUAUAUUUUUGUUCAGUAUACAUAAAACCCCAAAAGGUUCUACCUGGAACUAAAAAGGGUUAUUCAAAGGGUUCCCAUAUGGGGACAGCUGAAGAACCCUUUUCAGUCCUAGAUAGCAAAUGUUCUUCUAAAACCUGGGAAAUUUUGGUAAACUUACUGGAAUUUUGUAACCCUAAUUCUUCUCUCUAACUGUCAUGUGAUCCUCAUCUAUCUAUCCUCUGUGGUCUUUGUAUUGGAGGGAACUGGUGUACCUGAUCUGACCCACUGCCACUCUUACUAUUAGUAGAUAUCCAAAUACAAACCCGUUGUAGAUUGAAAAUAAGUAAGGGGAUGUAUGGAAAUACUGAACUCCUUUUCAUGAAUAUCAAUAUAAAUAGAUUUAAUUCAAUCAAAUGGACAUUGUCUUUAUUGAGUGUCAUGUAUUAUUUUCGAUUUUGCUCUGGGAAGCUGUAUUGGUAUCAACUAAUUUACACCUUUAUGAAGCAUUACCUAUUAGGUAUAUUACGUAAAAGCAUUUAUGCUGUUAUAUCUUGUCUAACGCCAUAAAGACUGUCAUCAGUGUCCACAAAUAGAGGUGAGAUCACACUGUAGGCUAUGUCUUGUUGUUUAUGAAUCUGCUUUUUAAAUCAUGUACUUCUGUGGAGGACUGUGUCUAUGGCAAGUUCCAUGUAGAAGUUGCCCGUAGGAACAGAUCUAGCAUCAGCUUACUAGAAUCCUAACCUUAACCAUGAGGGGAUAAAACGCUAAACUUACCUUGGAUCAGCAUCUUGAGAAAAUAUCAUUCCCUUAUGUGUUGGAAAACUAAAGCCUUGUUCACAUUAGCAAUUUGAAGUGACUCAAAUCUCCCAAAAAUUGUAUAUCCUACUUGAAUAUGUUAUUUUUCCCACAGUCUGAACAACCAAAAAGCACAUGGAAUUGUAUAGUUGAAGCCACGUUUCUAACCACCUCUGUAGGGGGUUUAAAGUCAGAUACAAAUCUGAUUCCUGGCCAUGCGACUUGUCGGAACGGUCAAAUCUGAUUCCUGGCCAUGCGACUUGUGUCGGAACGGUCAAAUCUGAUUCCUGGGCAUGCGACUUGUCGGAACGGUCAAAUCUGAUUCCUGGCCAUGCGACUUGUCGAAACGGUCAAAUCUGAUUCCUGGCCAUGCGACUUGUGUCGGAGCGGUCAAAUCUGAUUGCUGGCCAUGCGACUUGUGUCGGAACGGUCAAAUCUGAUUCCUGGCCAUGCGACUUGUGUCGGAACGGUCAAAUCUGAUUACUGGCCAUGCGACUUGUCGGAACGGUCAAAUCUGAUUUAUUUGCCCUUAAGUGGGUUUUAGGCUGUUAUUUGGAAUAUCUUGUUCCUUUUUAGCUACACUUUUGACAGUUCGACAAGAACAUGUGGUAGCCAACUAACGUUAGCUAGUUAAUUGUUUGCAAACAAAUGAGUGAAUGUGCUAGACCGCUACCUAGCUAGUUGACUGCUGUGGCUAGCCAAAAAGGACUUGUUUUGAAAGUUGGAUCAUUUUAUCCUUUGAGGCUUUAAAAGUGAUCUUACACUAUAAUUUUGAACAUUCAAAACAACUGGGAAACAUCCAUGGCAGGCAUUGUUGUCACUUUAACUUGCUACAUAACUUCUGAGCGACAGGAAGUAGUAGCACCACUACCAAUCAGCCUACACCACUGCACACACACCCGUCAUUACUAUGACAACUAGCGUAGCCAUGUCAGCAAAUUACUUCUGUCUGAACACACAUCCGGUUUGGUAACUUGAUGUUUGGACAGUCAAUAUUCCAAAAAGCAUUUGAAAACAAAACUGAUUUGAGCAUUAAAGCCUGCAGUGUGAACAAGGCUUAAAAUGCCCCUAUUCAGAGCCAACUUCCUUUAAAUUGGAUCUUCUGUGUAGCACCUUAUUCCCUCAAACGCCACACUGUUCAUGGUGUUCAGUUCCCCCUGACAUUGAGCAAAUGAGGCAGGCUUGAUAGGCCUGUAAUGCUCCAUUCCGUGGCAGCACGAAAGGCAUUAAGACAUUACGAGCAUUCACAGGGUGUGAAUGAAGGGAUUCAACAUCAAGUCACUUCAAGCACGAGUCUACUAACAGACUCCAAUACAGUGGCAAGAAAAAGUAUGUGAACCCUUUGGAAUUACCUGGAUUUCUGCAUAAAUUGGUCAUAAAAGUUGAUCUGAGCUUCAUCUUAGUCACAACAAUAGACAAACACAGUGUGCUUAAACUAUUAACACACCAAGUAUUGUAUUUUUCUAAUCUAUACUGAAUACAUUAUUUAAACAUUCACAGUGUAGGUUAGAAAAAGUAUGUGAACCCCUAGGCCAAUGACUUUUCCAAAGGCUAAUUGGAGUCAGCUAACCUGGAGUCCAAUCAAUGAGACGAGAUUGGAGAUGUUGGUUAGAGCCCUAUAAAAAACAUUCACAAAAGAGUUUGCUAUUCACAAGAAGCAUUGCCUGAUAUGAACCAUGCCUCAAACAAAGGAGAUCUCAGAAGACCUACGAUUAAGAUUUGUUGACUUGCAUAAAGCUGGAAAGGGUUACAAAAGUAUCUCUGAAAGCCUUGCUGUUCAUCAGUCCACAGUAAUAAACAUUGUCUAUAAAUGGAGAAAGUUCAGCACUGUUGCUAGUUUCCCAAGGAAUGGACAUCCUGCAAAGAUGACUGCAAGAGCACAGUGCAGAAUGAAUAAGAAGAAUCCUAGUGUCAGCUAAAGACUUAAAGACAUCUCUGGGACAUGCUAACAUCUCUGUUGACGAGUCUACGAUAUGUAAAACACUAAACAAGAAUGGUGUUCAAGGGAGGACACCACGGAAGAAGCCACUUCUGUCCAAAAAAAAAAACAUUGCUGCACGUCUGAAGUUCGCCAAGAGCACCUGGAUGUUCCAAAUAUUCUGUGGACAGAUUAAACUAAAGUUGAGUUGUUUGGAAGGAACACACAACACUAUGUGUGGGAAAAAAGGCACAGCACACCAACAUCAAAACCCCAUCCCAACUGUAAAGUAUGGUGGAAGGAGCAUCAUGGUUUGGGGCUGCUUUGCUGCCUCAGGGCCUGGACAGCUUGCUAUCAUCGGCGGAAAAAUGAAUUCCCAAGUUUAUCAAGACAUUUUGCAGGAAAGUGUAAGGCUGUCUGUCUGCCAAUUGAAGCUUAAUAGAAGUUGGGUGAUGCAACAGGGCAACGACCCAAAACACAGAAGUAAAUCAACAACAGAAUGGCUUCAACAGAAGAAAAUGCACCUUCUGGAGUGGCCCAGUCAGAAUCCUGACCUCGACCCGAUUUUAUAAUGCUGUGGAAUGACCUCGAGAGCGGUUCACACCGGACAUCCUAAGAAUAUUGCUGAACUGAAACAGUUUUGUAAAGAGGAAUGCCCCAAAAUUCCUCCUGACCGUUGUGCAGGUCUGAUCGGCAACUACAGAAAAUGUUUGGUUGAGGUUAUUGCUGCCAAAGGCGGGUCAACCACUUAUUAAAUCCAAGGGUUCACAUACUUUUCCCACCGUGCACUGUAAAUGUUUACACGGUUCAAUAAAGACAUGAAAACGUAUAAUUGUUUGUGUAAUUAGUUUAAGCAGACUGUGUUUGUCUAUUGUUGUGACUUCAAUGAAGAUCAGAUCAAAUUGUAUGACCAAUUUAUGCAGAAAUCUAGGUAUUUCCAAAGGGUUCACAUACUUUUUCUUGCCACUGUAUCUCUCCUCUCUUCCCCAGCUGGAGAUUUUGGAAGGGAAUUGGGUAAUACGCCGGUGUUCAUUUAGAGUUCACAUGACUCAUUCCUUUCAUUGGAUCCUGGUGUUAGUGGCCAUUUUGAUUGAUUUAAUUCGGUGACUCUUUGUAACUUUGUUGUUUCCGCGUGACUAUGCGUGUUUAAAUCAUCAGGGUUGGUUGCAUGGUUCCGCUGCUUCCUUUGCUACAGCAGUUGUCACUCACGACAUGUGGAGACAGAUUAUGACGCCUUUGUUACGCAAUAAUGGUCCACGGAACAUACACCCUGGUCUGUUCAUCAGCCGUGAAUUUGAACAAUUCUCUCCCCUCAUCACAGAUAGUUUCAUCCAUGAUAAAGCUAAGCUUGUUCUCCAGUGUGAGCCAGUGAUUUUUCCUCCCCCUCUAAUUGAGACAGAAAUGACAGGAUUUUGUGUUCCACGUGGCCAAUGACUUAGCUGUUAGUUAGCUAGCUACUGUGUGACGGCACCGCUGCACUAUCUAUGUUGAACGAUUUGUCUGGGUCUGUCAGUCAUAGCAAUUGAGGAUAAGAUUACAGACAAAACAGUGACUGGCAGUCUUCUUAGGAACACAUUUAAAUCGUCAACCUUUUCCAUAUACGUUUUUUCAUUUGAACUUCACAUACUAAAGUACAGGUCUACCUAGACUGGAUCAAUGAAUUAAUUCAGCUUCCUUAGAUUUUUUUUUAUCAUGAACUUUCAAUCAUUAUUUACUUUAACCAUGGUCCAUGGCUAUCACCACAACAUGCUUGGCACUGUAUAUAUAUAUUUUUUUAUUUCUUAACAGCUUCCCGCUAAUGAUUUUGGUAUGCUUUAAGAAUAGAGAAGAGCCCUUCCCAACGAUUUAGAGUAAAAAAAACACAAACAAAUAAUAAUUAUAUAAAAUAAUACAAAUAGUAACACAAAAGGAAUAAGAUACACAAGAAAUUAAGCUAUAUACAGGAGUACCACUACCAUAUCACCGUGCAGGGGUACGAGGUAUUUGAGGUAGAUACACUAUACAAUGCAUUCGGAAAGUAAUCAGACACCUCGACUUUUUUCACAUUUUGUUACGUUACAGCCUUGGUCUAAAAUGUAUUCAAUAUUUUUUCUCAUCAAUCUACACACAAUACCCAAUAUAGAUAAAACGAAUUCAGGUUUUUAGAAAUGUUUGCAAAUUUAUUAAAAAUAAAAAACAUAAAUAUCUUAUUUACAUACAUAUUCAGACCCUUUGCUAUGAGGCUCGAAAUUGCAUCCUGUUUCUAUUGAUUAUUCUUGAGAUGUUUCUACAACGUGAUUGGAGUCAACCGGGGGUAAAUUCAAUUGAUUGGACAUGAUUUGGAAAGGCACCCACCGGUCUAUAUAAAGGUCCCACAGUUGACAGUGCAUGUCAAAGCAAAAACCAAGCCAUGAGGUCAAAGGAAUUGUCCGUAGAGCCCCGAGACAGGAUUGUGUCGAGGCACAGAUCUGGGGAAGGGUACCAAAAAAAAUUCUGCAGCAUUGAAGGUCCCCAAGAACACAGUGGCCUCUAUCAUUCUUAAAUGGAAGAAGUCUGGAACCACCAAGACUCUUCCUGGAGCUGGCCGACCCAGCCAAACUGAGCAAUUGGUGAAGAAGGGCCUUGGUUCAGGGAGGUGACCAAGAACCCAAUGGUCACUCUGACAGAUCUACAGAGUUCCUCUGUGGAGAUGGGAGAACCUUCCAGAAGGACAACCAUCUCUGCAGCCCUCCACAAAAUCAGGCCUUUAUGGUAGAGUGGCCAGACGGAAGCCACUCCUCAGUAAAAGGCACAUGAAAGCCCGUUUGGAGUUUGCCAAAAGGCACCUAAUGGACUCUCAGACCAUGAGAAACAAGAUUCUCUGGUCUGAUGAAACCAAGAUUGAAUUCUUUGGCCUGAAUGCCAAGCUUCACGUCUGGGGGAAACCUGGCACCAUCCCUACGGUGAAGCAUGGUGGUGCCAGCAUAAUGCUGUGGGGAUGUUUUCCAGCGGAAGGGACUGGGAGACUAGUCAGGAUCAAGGGAAAGAUGAACGGAGCAAAGAACAGAGAGAUCCUUGAUGAAAAUCUGCUCCAGAUGUUCACCUAACAGGACAACGACCCUAAGCACACAGCCAAGAUAACACAGGAGUGGCUUCGGGACAAGUCUCAAUAUCCUUAAGUGGCCCAGCCAGAGCCCGGACUUGAACCCGAUCGAACAUCUCUGGAGAGACCUGUGCAGCCACGCUCACCAUUAAACCUGACAGAGCUUGAGAGGAUCUGCAGAGAAGAAUGGGAGAAACACCCCAAAUACAGGUGUACCAAGCUUGUAGCGUCAUACCCAAGAAGACUUCAUGCUGUAAUCGCUGCCAAAGGUGAUUCAACAAAGUACUGAGUAAAGGAUCUGAAUACUUUUUGUAGAUUGAUGAGGGAAAAAACGAUUUGCUCAAUUUUAGAAUAAGGCUGUAACGUAACAAAAUGUGGGAAAAGUCAAGGUCUGAAUGCACUGUAUAUACACAGACAAAAGUAUGUGGACACAUCUUCAAAUUAGUGGAUUCGGCUAUUUCAUCCACACCCGUUGCAGACAGGUGUAUAAAAUCGAGUACAAAGCCAUGCAAUCUCCAUAGACAAACGUAUGGGUGUGAAUGUGUGUGGUUUUGUGUGAGAGUGUCAGUGUCAGUGUAGUGUGUGUGAGUGUAUAUAUAGUGUAUAUACUGUAUAAUCUUGUGAGUGUGCAUAGCGUCAGUGCAAGAUCAGGUCAAUGCAGAUGGUAACCAUUUAAUUAACUAUUUAGCAGUCUUCUGGUUUGGGGGUAGACGUUGGUCCGAGAACCAAUGCUCCGGUACCGUUUGCCAUACGGUAGCAGAGUGAACAGUCUAUGGUUUGGGUGGCUGAAGUCAUUGGCAAUCUUUCGGGCCUUCCUCUGACACAGCCUGAUAUAGAGGUCCUGGAUGGCAGGGAGCUCGGCCCCGGUGAUUUACUGGGCCGCCCCCCCCAGCCUCUGUAGCGCUUUGCGGUAAAAGGGCGGUGCCAAGACUCUCAUCGCCGUCGGUGAUUAGUCCUACCACCGUCGUGUCAUCAGGAAACUUGAUGAUGGUGUUGAAGUCGUAUUUGGCCACGCAGUCGUGGGAGAACAGGCAGUAGUCGUGGGAGAACAGGCAGUAGUCGUGGGUGAACAGGCAGUAGUCGUGGGUGAACAGGCAGUAGUCGUGGGUGUACAGGGAGAAAAGUGUAUCCAUCUGCUUGAUGUUUUUCCUAUCUCAAUUUAGAUAUUGAUGUCUGCCAUCGUCUUGGUAACAGCCAGUGCUACCUUAAGGUAAUGUUAUUCCGGGAAGAUAAUAUUAGGCUACAGGCCUUAUUUUUGCUAAUCUCUGAAAACUCUAUUGGGGCACAUAAAAGUGAGAAUAUGUAUGUGGUGAUGCUGGCUUGGUAAAACAUUUACGCCAAUGAUGAGGGUACUGUGUGUGUGUGUGAGAAUGAGAUACAGAAUGAAUGAGAGUAGCUCUAUCAUCUGCCAGGGCUUUUUGUCUUCGACGGCUCUUUCUUAAUGUAGGGACACACAACAACAUCAAUCCACUGAAA